GUCAUGGAAAACCAAUCCUGCCUCUCUGAAUUUUUCCUCCGAGGAAUAUCUAGGUCACCAGAGCAACAGCAGUUACUCUUUGGUAUUUUCCUGUCUAUGUAUUUUAUCACCUUGGUGGGAAACCUGCUCAUCAUCCUGGCCAUCAGCUCUGACCCGCACCUCCACACCCCCAUGUACUUCUUCUUGGCCAAUCUAUCUUUCGUUGACAUGGGUUUAACAUCCUCCACAGUUACCAAGAUGCUGGUGAAUGUUCAGACUCAGCAUCAUACCAUCUCCUAUGCUGGUUGUCUCACACAAAUGUAUUUCUUUCUGAUGUUUGGUGACCUGGACAGCUUUUUCCUGGCCAUAAUGGCAUAUGACCGCUAUGUAGCCAUCUGCCGCCCUCUCCACUACUCUGCAGUCAUGAACCCCAGAGUCUGUGCCCUGCUGCUUGCCUUAUGCUGGGUCCUCACCCACGCUGUUGCCCUAACUCAUACCCUUCUUAUGACUCAGCUGUCCUUCUGCGUUGUGGGGGAAAUAGCUCACUUUUUCUGUGAUAUAACUCCUGUCCUGAAGUUGUCAUGUUCUGAUACCCACGUCAAUGAGUUGAUGGUUUUUGCCUUAGGAGGCACAGUACUCAUCAUCCCUUUUAUUUGCAUUGUUAUCUCCUACCUCCACAUUAUAUCGGUCAUCCUGAGAAUGCAAACUCCUGGUGGGGCGGGCAAGGCCUUUUCCACCUGCAGUUCCCAUCUCUGUGUUGUCUGUGUGUUCUAUGGGACCCUCUUUGGUGCCUACCUGUGCCCUCCUUCUGUUGCCUCUGAAGAAAAGGACAUUGCAGCAGCAGCAGUGUACACUGUGGUGGUCCCCAUGUUGAACCCCUUUAUCUACAGCCUAAGGAACAAGGACAUGAAGGGGGCCCUUAGGAGGCUUCUCAGUUGUGGAAGAGUUUUUUCUUAG